GCUUUAUGUAGAAGUACUAAAAAUAUAUUUAACGAUGGAAAUGUGGCUGAGAUCUUUGAGGCGCGCGCCUCACCGCCUCGCGCCUCGUGCCUCGGGUAAAUCAAAGAAAUCGCCUCAAGGUGCCUCUCGCCUUUUAAAACCAAGCUACAAGCCGAGAUGUUCCGUAAAAGCAAUGCUCUACUGCCCCAUGACAUUGCUUUUGAAAUUUUAAAGACACUUCCUGCUAAGGAUCUAAUGCGGUACAAAUGUGUUUCAAAAGGUUGGCUUAAUAUGAUCAGUGAUUCUUCAUUUCAUGAAGUCCACCAAAACAACACCAUAUGUCGUGCAGAAGCAACUCACCUGUUGUUUGCCUGUUUCGAGAAUUGUUUGGUGCUGUUAUAUGAUUGUCAAAGUCCUCAUCUUGUCCAUAUAAUUUUUUCAGACAAAAUGCAAGUUCAUGUCACAAAUACACCAUUUCCAUCUUCUGCACUUUCUUGCAUGACCACCACAAAGUUUUAAACACCUUCAAACAUUUCCAAAGGCCAUAUGGUGUUAUAUGUUUAUGAUGUCUUUGAUGUUGAUCAUCAAUAAACGCCUUCUCUUUUCUUCAUAAGCUUGGCCACAUUCAGAAGAAAAGCCCUUCCAAUUAUGGAGCACAUCACAACCACUAGAAGUUUUUUACUUGGGUUUGAUGAAUCUUCCAAAACUUUUGAACUUGUACACUUUAAUCGCAAUUCUUUCAGAUAAGUGACAUUUUGGCCUUUGGAAGCCCAGAGUGGAGGAACUUUCUCCAACCAAGUACUGAUUUUGACAUUGGAAAUGCUGAUUGUACAUGCCUUAAUGGAAAACUGUAUUACAAGAAAGGAAGUAAAGAGGUUCAAACAAUUGCAUUCUUCGACUUGCAGGACGAAACACUUCAACAACAAUAUGUUCCAGCAUCCUCUGUACAUCGACAUAGCCCUACAGGAUGAUUCGAUCACCCUUAUUAUUUUCAAGAAAUAUUAAAUUUGAAAGGGAAGGUAGGACUGCUUCAUGGGCUGAAAGUUUGGAUUUUGGAGCAGUCUGGUUGGGAUGAAAAGGACAUUAUACUUCCUGAUGAAGUGGUUAAUGGUGAAUUCGCCUGUGAGGAAUGCACUGGUAAUAUUGUCAUCAAAUCAUCUGAAGCAGCGGAUGAGCAAUCAAAUUACUACCUUUAUAACUUGGAAACGUCUGAGUGUAAAGAAGCUCCCUCCAUUGAAGUGAACGGACGUAAUUUUAUUGAUUAUAUAUCACGUUUAGGAAUUCCACCAGGUCGAUGUAUAUUUAAACUACUGAACUACGUGGAAAAUAUUGUAGAAUAUUAAUUAUGCUAUAUGUAUGUUUAAAUUAUAUAUUAUUAUGAAACAAUGUUUGUAAUAUAGUUUUUGGACAUAGUUUUAUAAUGUGGACUAUAUUAUAGAAUAUAGUUUUAUAAUUUAUACAUUUAGGACUUCACAAUGUUUAUGCAACAAUGAUGUUUUUAAAUAGUUCGAUCACAUGUUUUUGUAAAUCGAUCAUACUUAUGGAACAUGUGAUCGAGAAGUGGUCGAAUAUGAUCGAUUUAUAAAAAACGUGAUCGAACUAUUUAAAAACAUUAUUGUUGUAUAAACAUUGUGAAGUCCUAAGUGUAUAAAUUAUAAAACUAUAUUCUAUAAUAUAGUCCACAUUAUAAAACUAUGUCCAAAAACUAUAUUACAAACAUUGUUUCAUAAUAAUAUAUAAUUUAAACAUACAUAUAACAUAAUUAAUAUUCUACAAUGUUUCCCACAUAGUUCAGUAGUUUAAAUAUAUAUCGACCUGGUGGAAUUCCUAAACGUGAUAUAUAAUCAAUAAAAUUACGUCCGUUCACUUCAAUGGAGGGAGCUUCGUUACACUCAAACGUUUCCAAGUCAUAAAGGUAAUAAUUUGAUUGCCCAUCCACUGCUUCAGAUGAUUUGAUGACAAUAUUACCAUUGCAUUCCUCACAGGCGAAUUCACCAUUAACCACUUCAUCAGGAAGUAUAAUGUCUUUUUCAUCCCAACCAGACUGCUCCAAAAUCCUAACUUUCAGCCCACGAAUCAGUCCUACCUUCCCUUUCAAAUUUAAUAGUUCUUGAAAAUAAUAAGGGUGGUCGAACCAUCCUGUAGGGCCUUGUCGAUGUACAGAGGAUGCUGGAACAUAUUGUUGUUGAAGUGUUUCGUCCUGCAAGUCGAAGAAUGCAAUUUCUUGAACCUCUUUACUUCCUUUCUUGUAAUACAGCUUUCCAUUAAUGCAUGUAUAAUCAGCAUUUCCAAUGUCAAAAUCAGCACUUAGUUGGAGAAAGUUUCUCCACUCUGGGCUUCAACGGCCAGAAUGUCACAUUUAUCUGAAGAAUUGCGAUUAAAGUGUACAAGUUUUGAAAGAUUCAUCAAACCCAAGUGAAAAACUGCUAGUGGUUGUGAUGUGCUCCAUAAUUGAAAGACUUUUCUUCUGAUUGUGGCCAAGCUUAUGGAGAAAAGAGAAGACGUGUAUUGAUGAUCAACAUCAUAAACAUAUAAUACCAUAUGACCUUUGGAAAUGUUUGAAGGUGUUUGAAACUUUGUGGUGGUCAUGCAAGAAAGUGCAGAAGAUGGAAAUGAUGUAUUUGUGACAUGAACUUGCAUUUUGUCUAGGGAAAUUAUACGGACAAGAUGAGGACUUUGACAAUCAUAUAACAGCACCAAACAAGUCUCGAAACAGGCAAACAACAGUUGAGUUGCUUCUGCACGACAUAUGGUGUUGUUUUGGUGGGCUUCAUGAAAUGAAGAAUCACUGAUCAUAUUAUGCCAACAUUUUGAAACACAUUUGUACCGCAUUAGAUCCUUAGUAGGAAGUGUCUUUGAAAUUUCAAAAACAAUGUCAUGGGGCAGCAGAUCAUUGUUUUUAUGGAACAUCUCGGCUUGUAGGGAGUUUGUAGAAUUUGUGAUGGAAGAAACAGAAUCUAAUAACUUCUUAUGUGUAUAUAUACGUGAAUAGGUCUAUAGGAGACAGUUGGCAAACCGUCACGUUGCAUAAUCACGUUGGCAAACUGACUGUUGGUUAUCUUCACGAUGAUAAUAGAGUGAGAUGAGAUGAUUAUCAUAAUAAUAAUCAUCAUAUAUAUAUAUAAAUAACAGUUAAGGUGGCUUUUGAGUUGACCAAUAAAAAUUAAACUCAUUUGUCUCCUUCAUCGAGCCUAUGAUGGUCGACUGUUCACAUAACCCUUAUAGUUACAUACUACGGUCGACCACUUCAUGGUCGAUUGUUUUAACUUACGAAGUACUACCUCCGUCCCAUUUUAUGUGUCUCCUUUGGUUUUGACACAAUUUUUAAUAAAGUGGUUGAAAAGGUAAAAGUUGUGGUUGAGAUUUGAGUAUAGUAAAGUGAAAUGUUGUGAAUCACAUAUUUCUUUCCAAAAAGGGAAAGAUGACACUUAUUUUAGGACAACCCAGAAAGGAAAGUAAGACAGGUAAAAUGGGACGGAGGGAGUAUGUAUUAAAUCAAGUCGACCAAUGUUUGGUCGACUGUAUGUAAAAGUUGAAAUUGUCACGUUGCAUAAUAACUGACUGUUGGUUAUCAUCACGAUGAUAACAGUUGAAGUGAGAUGAUUAUCAUUACCAUUAGUAUAAUAAUUAAUCAUCAUAAAUACAAAUAACAGUUAUGGUGACUUUUGACUUAACCAAUAAAAAUUAAUCUCAUUUGUCUCUUUUGUCGACCCUAUAAUGUUCGAGUGUUCACAUAAACCUUAAAUGAAGUCAACCAUUGUUUGGUCGACUGUAUGUUAAAGUUAAUCGUGGUUAGAUGAUCGACCUGACUGUUGGUGUUUGAGGUGACAUACAUUUUCCAACGUGACCAAUUAAGUUGAUAAGAUUUCCCAAUGUGACCGUUGAGUUAACUCAUGAGUGAUGAAACUUUUGAAGCAGCUAUGAUGCCAUUAAGAUUGGUAUUCCCUGUAAUAGCAUUCUUUGUCAAGAUGGGUACACAUGAAAACAAGUCAAUGUGGGAAGUAAAACGUCCUAGUGUACCGCAACAGAAAGAGGAUGACUGCAGAGUGUUUGCCUUAAAGUUUUUAGAGUUAGACCUCUUUGGGAAAUUUUUUUAAUGAAAUAAAAAAUAUUAAUCAUCAGAAGAUAAAAAAAAUCAGACUUAGAAUGUAUAAAUUGUCUAUGUAGUUUUUGUUAGUUUAUUUGUUUGGUAUAUAUUGAAUGCAAUCAUUUAUAUGCUAAAUGUUUAUAUGCAAAUUAUUGAUAGUUCAUUUUCUAGGCGACAUAGCUGAGUCAAUCAUCUAUGGAUUGACCAUAUGUCGGUCGACCUAUGAUGUUUGACAUUGCACGUGUCUCCAUUUCUUCAAGUCAGGUGCAAACUCUAGUAGUGCACCUUGAGAUUGCAAAAUGUGUACUUCGAUGGAGAGUAUUAGAUUUUGUUUUUAGGUUUUAAAUCUACAAUCGACUACUGGUGGGUCCACUAGAUUCGGUAUAUAUUAGUCGACCACUAAUUGGUCAACUAGAUUGAGUGUCUAUUAUGUUCGAUGUAUCAUUUCCCCUCCCCAGAAUAACAAUGAUAAAGCAAGUUGAUCACCAUUAUCUUAAUGGUGAUCAACUUGAUUUAUUACUGUUCUUGGGAGGGGAAUGAUACAUGGCCUAAUCUAUACUUAAUCUGAUCGACCAACUCAUUGUCGACUAAUCUAUGCUCAAUCUAAGCUAGGCUACCAUUAUAAAUCGACGGAAGAGUUAAAACAUAUACAUAAACUAGCUCACCCCAUCGGUUUAGAAACAUAAGGAUACUUUUUUCCAUCUCAAGGCGGACUUCAAACAUGCAUGUCUUGAAGAUAUUGAAGACAAAUGAUUUGUAGGAUUUGUAUUGGAUUAAACAAAUUCAUAAUGUUCCAUAUCUUCUUGAAUUUAUUAAACAUAAACGGAGUUGGUACUAAAAGUACAUCAACUUGAAAUACAUUUGUGUCAUCUAGAUGUGCACCACAACAUAUCAAGAUGUACUUGUCUUGAAAUGGGAGACUCAUGCAUUUUCAUACCUACUAGUCGAACAUAUGAGAUUUGUAAUGGACUAAUUUUUUUUGCGUCAUCUCCUUUGAAAUAUGUCGGCUAAGGAAAAUACUUCGUACUGAAAACCUAUUUAACAUACUAAAUUCACUUAAUAUAUAUAACAAACAUACUUCGUAUGGAAAACCUAAUUAAGCCAUUUACAUUUUUUAAACAAACAUUAUGUUACUAGGCUUCAAUUAUUGUUUCAAAAUUUCAUCUACAUUUGCUAAAAUCGACCAACAUAUAUCUACCAAGAUAAUUUGGUUUAUGAUCGACCAAAUUUACUAGUCUGGAGUCUUGAGCCACGUCUUUGCAAUCUUCUCUUGGCUGUCCAAGACGUGUUAGGAGUUGAAAUAAAGAAUUUGUUGAGUUAUUUGGGAAAUUGUUCUCGUAAUCUAGUUAUUGUUUUGGGAAUUUGUAUGAAGAUCUAGAGAGAAUAACAUGCAAGAUGGGAAUGAAGAACAUCUACAAUCCAUCUUGAGUGGGAGUAUCACAAGCUGAUCAAAUUCAAUGGUCUGCAAAAUUUAACUACCAAAGAAGAUAAAAGACAACUUGCUAUCUCAAUUAUUUGGAAGAUAAGAUGUCAGCGCUUAUCUUUUUGUAAUCAUUAGUCUUUGGUUUUCCUAUAAAUAGAAGGCCUCUAAGGCAUUGUAUAUUCCGCUGCAUUUCAUCUUUAUCUUUAUAUCUGUUCAUUUUGAGUUUUAUUAGAAAAGAAAAGAAAUUCCUUUAGUGCUCAAAUGAGAAUCACUUCUUAUGAAAUGACGUGUAGAGUUGUAGUCACCAGUCAUGCCAAACAAGCUACAAAACACCAUUAGAAAGCAAUAACUGAAGACACUGAGAGCUUGAGAAGCAAGGUUGCCAAGCGUAGUUGGGAUUUCGGUUGGGCAACUGACAAGCUAAAGCCCGAGGAUGAGGUUUGCAGACAUGAAUGAGGUGGACGGAAAAGUGGAACAACAUCUAGAGAUAAGGCAGUGGUUCUAUUAACGUAGGAGGAGAUUGGUUAGCCAAUCGACUGGAGAAGUGCGUAGGUAGGGAGUCUCAAACUCUCAAUCCAUCUUUUCGUAGAUACAAAAAUGCUUUUUGUACACCUUCUGAUACACAUCACUACACACUAUAUAUACUCCCAAUUUUGUUUACCCCCUCUCACAGCCGUUACCCCUUCCUCACUUAUCUCUCCUCUCUCCUUCCUUCCAUGCCAUUCCUUUCCCUUCUUCCUCUUUUCUUCCAUUUCGUUCCAUUCUUUCUCUGUUCCUCACUCCCCUCCCUUCCCUCUCUCCUUACCUUCCACUAACCCUUCUCUUUUUUCUUUUCUCAUUUCACUUGUACGUUUCUCCCUUCCCAAAUGCCAAAUCCCAGAAAUAAUAUUUUCGGUGGUCACCUAUUCACCUGUCUUCAAGUCCGAGUCCAUCAGCCGUGUGAUUGCUGCUAGAAUCGUUGCAGACAGUGAGGAUGAGACGGUCAGUUUGCGUUGCUCGAACAAGAAGCUCCAAUCAACCAGCCCAUAAGUUGAGGUAAAAAUCUAUUCGAUUUUUCUAUAUGCACUCAAUUGUUUUUUUUUUGCAAACUAAGCACUUAGGGUUCUGUUUAUUUAAAAUUUGUGAUUAUUUGUAUAUAAUGUAUGGUAUAACACUGAGUGCUUAAUUAUUGAAAUUUUAAUUCAAUUACUCUAUUUCACAUAUAUGCUCCUCAUAUGUUUGUUAAAUGACUAGAUGAUUUUUUUUUUGUUUAAAUCCAAGACUUUUACUCACCUUUUUUGUUAAUAAGUUUAAGAUUCUAAUUUUCUUGAAUACUGGAUUUUAAUUUGAUGCUUUGAUCAAAAGAGUUCAAUUACUCCUUAAUUUUAUUCUGAUUCAAUUACUCCUAUUUUACUCUCUUUUACUAUUUCAUUUUUUUGUUAUAACACUGACUUUUAAUUUCAUGCUUUCAUCAAAACUGGUCAUUCUUUGUAGUUGUGUUCAAAUGUGAAAUUGGUUUGAUUACUAUCAUUGUAUAUGUUUACUAAGUAUAUUGUCAAUUCGAGAUCAAACAGCCGCCAUCCCUUUUUGCCAAAAGAAUAUCCCACAAAUAUACACUUCCGGCUCCGACUAGCAAAUUUAUCAAGCUUUCCUCGUAAAUUAUGAGCGUAGCACAAGCAACCAAACACCCGCAAUUCUUUAUAAGUAGGCUGGAUCCCAAAUAAUACCUCAAAAGGUGUUUUGCGUUGAAGUACUUGAGAGGGAGUUCUGUUAAUAAGAUGAGCUGCAGUCAGCACACAUUCUCCCCAAAAAGAAAUGGGAAGAUGUGCCUGAAACCGCAAAGCUCGCGCCACAUUCAGUAUAUGUCUAUGUUUCCUCUCAACACGCCCAUUUUGUUGUGGCGUGUGCACACAAGAGGUGUGAAAAACAAUACCAUGCUGGUGGAAGUAUUCGUGCAGACAAAAAAAUUCCGUGCCAUUAUCACUUCGCACGAUUUUAAUUUUACUAGAAAACUGUCUCUCAAUCAUCGCAAUAAAAGACAUGAAUGUCUUAAAAACUUCUUUCUUAUCACAUAAAAGAUAAACCCAAACAGCACGAGAAAAAUCGUCUACAAGAGUCAAGAAAUAUCUAGCACCACAAGAUGCAGGAGAAUUGUAAGGUCCCCACAAAUCACAGUGCACAAGCUCAAAAAUAUGAGUUGAUUUAUUAAAACUCAAAGGAAAAGGAUCUCUACUUUGUUUAGCACGAAAACAAAUAUCACAUGGCGAGUGCACAUUUUCCGAAGUAGUGGCAUUUGGAGACAUCCAUCUAAUAACUUGUUCUGAAGGAUGACCCAACCGCCGGUGCCACAUAUCCAGAGAAGCAUACAAACCAUCCACUGCAACAGAUAAGAUUUCCGACAAAGGCCGAAAAUAAUACAGUCCAUCCCUCCUCUCACCCGUGCCAAUCAGCCUCCUCGAGUGAAGGUCCUGUAUAGCACAUAUGUUAGAUGAAAACUGAACAAAACAUUGCAGAUCAUCAUUGAGUUGGGAUACAGAUAUCAAGUUACAAUUUAGAUUGGGAACAAACAAAACAUUAUUUAAUUCCACCAAGGCAGAUAAACGAGCACUCCCAGCCCGUGUUGCUUCAACUUGUUGGCCAUCGGGCAAACCAACCAGACGGGCGGGAAUAUCCGUCAAAUUAUUCAAACACGUUAUAUCACCUGUCACAUGAUUGGAAGCGCCUGUAUCGAUGAUCCAAGAAGUGAUAUCGAACUUACCAGACAUUCGUUCCUGUUGUGAGUGCAUAUUACCAAAAGCAGUCAUCAAUGACUUCCAUUGUUCUGCUGUGAAUCCUGGCAGAGGUGGUGUGCUACUUCCUGUGAGUUGUUCGAAUUUAUCUGCUGGAGCCAGAGAGUCGGUUGCCGCGGCAUGAGCCCGAAGAUUGGUCUUGUGCCUUCCCCCUUGACCUCCAGUGUUACGCGCACCAUCUGCCACCGCAGGUGUUCUGCCCCGUCCUGCUCCUGCUGCAUAUCCAGUCCCUGCAACUGCUCCAUUUUUCACUCCAAGCCUGGGUCGGUCUCCUCACCAGUCCGGGUACCCAAUGAGCUCAAAGCAAUUGGCUGUCUCGUGACCUGUAAAAUGGCAAUAAGAACAAGUAAUACCAGAUUUAUCAGGCUUCUCACGCGUUGCUUUCCCCCGGCCUAUUCCUGCUGCACGAACUGCAAACCCCAUCACGUCAGGCUUAUCUUCCUUUGUCUGCACAAUUCCACGAACCCGCUCUUCUUGCGCUACUUGAUGAUAGGACCGUGUAAGAGUGGGAAGUGGCGUUGUAUUCAACAAUUGAGAUCGCACUUGACCAUAGUAAUCCGCGUAUAGUCCCAUCAAGAACUGAUGAAACCUCUCGGAUUCCCGACGUUUUUCAUGCAAUUCGCCCAAGUUACACGUGCACUUACCACACUUACAAGUAAUAAGAGGUUCAUAAUUAUUCAAUUUAUCCCAUAACACUUUAAGUUUAGCAUAAUAAGAGCCAAUUGACAUAUUUUUCGUUUGCUCACAACGAGCCAAAUCAGAUUUCACUUGAUGAAUCCGAGGUCCAUCAACGACAGAAAACCUCUCCUCCAAAUCAGUCCAUAGAAGACGUGCGUUAUCAAAUUUUGAGAGGGUAGAUUUUACCUCGGGAUUAAUCACGUUCAAGAGCCAAGAGACAAUCAUGGAAUGAAUAGUGAGCCAAUCCUCCGCCGUACAUGGUGGCUUCGGUUCGUUAAUAUCUCCGUUCACAAACACGUAUUUCCGUCGAGCUCUCAAAGCAAGUGUCACCGAGUUUGACCAUUCAUCAUAAUUCUCUCCGGUGAAUCGUACCGACGUGAUGUAGUCGCCCGGCCUGUCUUGUGGUCCCAGAAAAUAGGGUGAGGUAUAAUCGAUCUUGGAGGAUGAGUUUCCUCCUUCGUCCCCCAUAUUAUUCGGCGUUACUCGGAUAUCAGCCGUGGAGGCUCUGAUACCAUGUCAGCCGAGCAUGUGUAGUGUGUAGGCAGAAGAAAUAAUUCUCAUAUAUGUUAGGGUUGGGUCUAAACACCCAUAUAAAUACACGUACAAGAGUAGUAUUUAAGACUCAAAAGGAAACUAGCUAUACUAGGUAAUGGAAUAAAAGUAAUGAUAUUAAGACUAGUAAUAAUAAUGAUCCGUAUGGAUCUGUUAAUAUUGGUAACAUCAUUACCUGGAAUUUUGAAUAUUUUUGGAGAAUUGUGGUUUGUCAAUGAAUUUAAAUGGUAUUAAUAGGUUCUUGAGAAGCAUGGAUCAAGUUGAUUCAAUUUACUAUACAAAAAAUCAUUAUUCAUUUGGAGUUGAUCUAGAUCCUAAGAAUGCCAAACAACAAUGAAAUAUGUAGCAUGUGUGUGGUCAAAUUCUGCCAUGUUUUUUUUAUCUUUGUCAUCCACAUGGCUUUACUCUCAAUAGAACCAUCAUGAGUGUUAUAUAUUUCUUAUAGCUACUGAGAUAUACAAUAUUUUUCUUGAUGGGUUGAUGAUUAAGCUUCAAUCUUUCUAUUAUCUCUUGUCAUGCUCAAAAAGUUGUGCUUGUAAUGAGUGGGCUAUAAGAUGUUAAUUAUGUCGUAUUAGAGUUCCUUUCCCAUAGAUGUUUUGUCAUUUUAGAGGUUAUGAUUUUUUUCUUUUUUGUUGCAGGUUGCUUCAAGUAAGGUGAAUAGUGGGUGACUGAAAUUUUUAUUUUUUGUAGAUAAACUUUUAAUUAUUAGUUGCUACUUGCUAGAUUGCUUCAAAAAGGAGCUACGGUCCUCCGCCUAUAAAACCUGUGAAACUUGGCAGCAAUAAAUGACCUGUGAAGUUGAUUCUUUAAAGUUCACCAUAGAGUUUUCAAACCUUGAAGAGGAAAAAUGAUGAAUUGAUUGAGCAAGUGAAGCAAUUGAAGUUUGGUAGGGCAUGGAAAACUAUGGCAAGAGGAGAAUCUUGUGUUGAAUGCGCAAGUGAUUUGGUGAUAAAAUAGCAAGAGGAGAUUUUUUUUGAGAUGAAUAUGCAAAAACCAAAAGAGAAUAAAAAGCACUCAAGGCUGAAUUGGUGGUGUUUCUAGGUGAGUUAGAAAAAAUAGAAGUCAGUCAUGUAUGAAAAAUGAAGAUUGAAAGUGUAGUAGCUAGAUUUAUAGUACUUACCUUUGUUUCAUUUGAUGUAUAUGUAUCAAUUGUAUCAGUUGGUUACUUGUAAGUAAAAUGUAUUGAGUAGUAUGUCAAUUAGCUUAUGGUUUAUUUUGGAAGUGUUGCUUCUAAGAUGGUUAGAAAAUAUUGAUGCUCAUUGUAACAGAAUGUUUGCUAAUGAUUAUGUGUAGCAAAAGCAGUUGUUAUAGUUUUUAUAACAACGUUGUGUUAACUUGUUA